UGUGACAUUAGCAGUUGAGUGCUGUCAGUGUCAUAUGGCAAGCCAAGGCAGCUUCAACUGGUUCAGAGCAGAGGCGGACACGGUUAUUAGUAUUAACCAUAGCGUCCGACGGCGACAGGGCGCUAGUAGUACUCCCGGGGACUCGCUAUUGGGGAUCCUGAACGGAGCUGUGCGCAAUACUGAGUUUUGUACCCUGGCCUUGUUGAUGGAGUUCAUGCAGAGGAGCGGCGACUACUGCCACGCCCAACAUCCCACCGCUCAUUAGGCCCCCAGGGGCCCCAGGAUGUCCAGCUCUGCGCUGUGAAUGUCCAGAGUCCCACCACCACCACCGCCACCGGCCGGCCCUCCAGAUCCACACCUUUGUGUUUCCGGACGGCAACUCCAAAACAGACCAAUGGGUUAAGAGGACACUGGGGGUUCCAGGACAGUGUCAGCUAACUGCAAGCACUCUACAACCCCCCGCCCCUAACUCAUCCCAACUUCCUCACCAUCGCCCACCCACCUGGCCACUUUUUCUCCAUUUCUCUCAUAACAACUGCUCCGAGCACAGAGAGAGAGACAGCAGGCAGGCUUCUCUGGCUGUGGACCGCUGGGGUGCUGCUGAUGGUCCGAGGGGAUCUGCCUCUUGCAGAGUCAAAGCAGGUUGCUGAGUGCUAGCCACUGGAGGACAUUGGAGGAGCAGCGAUAGCCUGUUGCAGAAAGGAGCACGCAGCUGUUUGUGCACACACAUAGACGGACCUCUCACACACACACGCACACACACAUACACUCAGAGGUGUUGUGUUGUUCAGUGGUGUGGAGGCUGGCCCGGCCUGGUUAUUGUGAGGUUUUCCGGCAGGAGGUGGGUGUCAGGGUGUGGCCAGGAUGAAUCGUCCCGCCCCCCCCGUCGAGCUCUGCCACAAGAACAUGCGCUUCCUCAUCACGCACAACCCCACCAACGCCACGCUCGGCACCUUCAUCGAGGACUUGAAGAAGUAUGGUGCCACGACAGUUGUGCGAGUGUGUGAGAUCACCUAUGACAAAACACCGCUAGAGAAGGAUGGGAUCACUGUCAUGGAUUGGACAUUUGAUGACGGUGCCCCACCACCCACUAAGAUUGUGGAUGACUGGUUGAACUUGCUAAAGAACAAGUUCUGUGAGGACCCGGGCUGCUGUGUGGCUGUGCAUUGUGUAGCUGGGCUAGGACGAGCUCCAGUGCUGGUGGCCCUGGCACUGAUUGAGAGUGGGAUGAAAUACGAAGAUGCCAUUCAGUUCAUCCGACAGAAGCGGCGAGGGGCCAUCAAUAGCAAGCAGCUAACCUACCUGGAGAAGUACCGGCCCAAGCAGAGACUGCGCUUCAAGGACCCCCACAACCACAAGAACAAAUGCUCCAUCAUGUAGUCCCGCCAUGGAGCCUUUCUAUUGAGCUGAAACACUGUGAACAUGGACAAAGAUAGCUUGGGCACAAAUGUCUUUUAACUCUGGACAUUUAUUAUAAUGGGGGUUUAUAGUGGCUCCUGUUUCUAUUGUGACUGCAAUCCCUGAUUUGCUGAGCUCUCUGUAUAUCUUAGGGCUGACAUAGCCUUUACAAUAUUACCAAAACAACACACACGUUUUUUUGUUUUUUUUUUCAAAACAGUACACAUACUGUUUCUUUCCCCUCAAAACAACACACAACUGUUUUUUAUUGUCCACAUUUCCUCUUGCUUUGUUUAUGAACUACCAGAAAUAGUUGAAUAUGAAUUUGCCUUCUAAAAAAAUCUUUAAAAAAAUAGUGUUAUGGAAUUUCAAAGGCCACCUAAGUACACAUUUAUAUAUUUUUCAGUUUGUUUUUAAAUCCAAUAUCAAUCACACGUCUUCUCACCACAGUGCUUAUCAUUUAUGCUUUCUCUUGUUUGUAUUUUAAUUUAUUUGUUUUUUUGCUGUUUUGCUUUACCGUUCAGAUCCACGUCCUCUCAACUUCUGAUGAAGAAUAUUUUCAUGGAAGACUACCAAAAUAAUGAUUUUACGUGGCUUAUCUUUUAACGGAGCCAUAUUUUUGUACAUUGUGAAAAUGUAGUCCAGUAGAAUUUGUUGGGUUCGGAUAAGAGUUUGUGGUGAUGGGGCUGGCAGGCUUCCUGAUACUGGGUAAUCUUGUUGUUUGUGUGAGAAUCAUCACCAUGUUGGGAAGCGUGAAUGUGGACAAUUCUUACUGUCUGGACUUGUGAAAUAAAGGCUGCAUUGAUUUGUCCAUGACAAUUGA